CCCAGCAGUGAGUGAUACUAGCCGGGCUAUAUAGACGAGCAUGGUUUGAGGAGGGAAAGCAUUAUACUAGAACACGGAAAUAUUGCACAUGAUGACGGUAUAGAAUACGCCCAUCAUGGAUAUACUGGGACUAUUUGAUCUGCCUAGAUGGGCCGCUGCGUUUGUCUUCUUCCUGACGACUGUCUGUUUGUACACAUGGUACAAACAAAGCUACUUCAAAAGGAUGGGGAUCAGACAGAGGAAGACCAUGUUUUUUCUUGGUGACAUUAUCGAAAUUGCAAAAAAGGGGCUUGGAUACCUUGACAUAGACGAUUACAAGACAUAUGGAAAAGUGUUCGGGACUUACGCGGGAAACAGGCCAACAUUGGUGAUCAGUGACCCUGAAAUCAUCAAACAAAUCACAGUGAAGCAGUUCGACAAAUUCACCAACAGAUCACAACUAUUAAACCUACCUGAGUUUUGGAAGUCAGCUGUUUCUGUUGCCGAUGGAGAUACGUGGAGGAACAUGCGGCACACCCUCAGUCCAACUUUUACUUCCGGGAAAAUGAGACAUAUGGGGCCAUAUUUGCAAAAAUGUCUCGACGUUUUCCAUGAAAUUCUCGACAAGAAAUCUCAAGAGAAUCCGGAAGGUUUUGACAUUGACCCCGUGGUCCGUGGAUACACGAUAGACGUUACGUGCAGCACUGGGUUCGGUACAGAAGUCAGCGCCCAGACAGACCCCAAUAAUCCGUUUAACAGACACGCCAAAGUCGCCCUAACGUUUAAGCCAGCAACCAGCCCUAUGUUUCUCAUGUAUGUGUUCUUUCCUGAUGUUGUGGGGGCUUUUCCGAAACUCUUUCCAAUGGAUUUCGUACCAAAAGACUCACUCGAUUUCUUCAUAGAUGCUUCGAAAUCAUUUAUUGACGAGAGAAAAAAGGGUCAUUCUAAAUACAAAGACCUUUUACAACUGAUGGUAAAUGCCCAUCAAGACGAUGAAGACGAUAAAACACCAAAUGAAAAUCGAACACAAGGUCUGACAGACACGGAGGUCAUUGCCAACUCAAUCAUGUUUAUGUUGGCCGGCUUUGACACCACAGCAAGCUCAAUAGCCUGGGUGCUCUAUGACCUCGCUUUGAAUCCAGAUGUCCAGGAAAAACUCAUUGAGGCCAUUGACGAAGAAAUCGGCGAGAACAAACUUUCUUACGAUAACGUGUUCAACAUGAGGUACAUGGAUAUGGUUAUGUCAGAGACUCUCCGCAUACAUCCUCCUGCACAAAGGCUAAACCGGGAAGCAUCUGAGGAUAUUGAAAUCAAAGGACUGAAAAUCCAGAAGGGAAUGGAUUGUACCUAUUGCCCGACAAUUCUGCACUUUGUCGAAGAAUACUGGGACGAGCCAAACAAGUUUAACCCGGAGAGAUUUUCCCCAGAAAACAAGGACCGCAUCAAUGAGUAUGCCUACAUGCCGUUUGGUCUUGGUCCAAGGAACUGUAUUGGUAUGAGGUUGGCGCAGCUAGAGGUAAAGAUGACCAUCAUCAGCCUUCUCCAGAAAUACAGGAUCCACAAAACGGAUCAACUUCAGAUACCGAUGCCCUCUUCGAAGGCAUUUGGCGGCAUCAACAAACCUGAGAAGCCCGUUCACCUGCGAUUGGAAAGAAGGAAGUGACGUCAAUCCCGAAAUAUCAAAUAUGAUGAAGAAAAGAAGAGCUGAAUGAUUUUUGAACGAGUUUUGGUUACAUUUAAACAAGACUUUAAUCCAGUGUCCAGAAGUUUUGUACAAUUUAUGUAAUCACAUGUCUUGUUAGAUAUAUAUGUUAAAUCCAACUUAAUAAAGAAAGUAAAUAUUA